CCUACUUUGUUCCCAUUUGGUAUCGGAGGAUUUGAAGACGAUACUCGAUCUAAAGCUCUGUCUUUCCAGCAACAGGCUCAAUACUACCUGAACAUAGCAGAUCGCUCUUUUCGAUACCACCAUUCAUUUAUAUUCGUGGUGUGGAACAUGAUUCAACGUCGAAUGGCCCAUCUUAAAACUUUCUUUACUGUCCGCCGGGCAAACUUCCAGCAAGUUGCACAAAAUCUUACCAAAAUAUCGCCUGCUAUUCUGGACAGUCUUGCCUCGAAACUAGAGCGCGAGCAUAGAUUUUCGGACUUGGCGCCUGCUGAACGAAACGCGAUGAAUCUCCUGAAGCAAGUCAAUACCAUUGCGGCUUGAAUCCCAGGCUCUCAAGCAUCGAAAAUUUAC